AUGGGAAUGUACAUGAAUUCUUACGCGGAGGAACGAUCUGCACGGCGAAAAGUCGAUAAGAUCCUCGCCUCGAACGUCACACAACAGAUCCAUCACGUGUCGAGAGAGAAACGAGGAGAGUCAUACGGGAGAAUCAAAGGAUUUCGCGGCUGUACGAUUUGGUUAACGGGACUUUCAGGCGCCGGGAAGACGUCGAUCUCGUUUCAGCUGGAGAAUUACCUCAUUUCUCAGGGUGUGCCAGCGUACAGCCUCGACGGGGACAACAUCCGUCGUGGUCUGAACCGGAAUCUCGGUUUCACGAAGGAGGAUCGCGAGGAAAAUGUUCGUCGUGCAGCAGAAGUCGCGAAAUUGUUCGCCGACUGUGGCGUGAUCGCCAUAUGUAGUUUCGUCUCGCCGUUCGAGGCGGACAGACGAUUGGCAAGAAGAAUUCUGGAGGAAGUCGAUUUAAAAUUCUUCGAGGUUUAUGUACAGGCCUCGAUCGAGACCUGCGAGGCGAGGGACGUGAAGGGACUGUAUAAAAAGGCGAGGACAGGCGCGAUUCAGAGGUUCACUGGACUUGGUCAACAGUACGAAGUACCUGCACAUCCUGAUUUGGUGGUGAACACGGAGGUUCAGAGUGUUGAGACGUCGACGGGGAUGGUGAUCGAGCUCUUGGAGAGGGAAGGAAUCGUUGCUAGAGUUCAGACCGGGGUGGAGGAGCUUUUUGUCGCUGGUCAGAUGGUCGAGGAAGCUAGGAAAGAGGCGGAGGACCUUAUCAGCAUCGAAAUCACAGGUAUUGACUUGCAAUGGGUCCAAGUACUGGCAGAGGGUUGGGCAAGUCCUCUGAGGGGCUUCAUGAGAGAAAAUGAAUACCUACAGUGUCAACACUUCAAGACAUUGGAACAGAAUGGAAAUGUCGUCAGUCAAUCUGUACCUAUUGUACUUCCGGUCACCACGGAUCAGAAGGAGAGAUGCAGUAACGCGCAGGCGCUGACUUUGAAAUACGAGGGUCGAUCCAUUGCUAUUUUACGAAAACCAGAAUUUUUCACACACCGAAAGGAAGAAAGGUGUUGCAGGGAGUUUGGAACCAACGAUCCAGGUCAUCCAUACAUUAAAAUGAUCAAGAAUUCGGGAGAUUGGCUGGUUGGAGGAGAACUGGAGGUUCUAGAGAGAAUCAGGUGGAACGACGGCCUCGACGAAUAUAGACUGACCCCUAAUGAAAUACGGGAGAAGUGUAAAGGGAUGGGCGCCGAUGUUGUCUUCGCUUUUCAGCUGAGGAAUCCGAUACACAACGGCCAUGCGCUACUAAUGCAGGACACAAGAAAAUACCUCGUGGAGGAGCGAGGCUUCAAAAGGCCAGUACUUCUACUGCAUCCUCUGGGAGGAUGGACGAAAAUGGACGACGUACCGUUGCCAGUAAGAAUAAAGCAACAUCAAAGCGUCCUUGAAGAAGGUCUAUUACAUUCGGACACGAUCCUCGCGAUUUUCCCGAGUCCAAUGUUGUACGCAGGACCAACUGAGGUACAAUGGCACGCGAAAGCAAGAAUGAUAGCUGGAGCCGAUUUUUAUAUCGUCGGCCGGGAUCCUGCUGGUUUACCACAUCCCGACAAGUCAAAAACGCCGGAUGGUAAUUUAUACGACGCGACACACGGAGCAAGAGUGUUAUCGAUGGCGCCUGGGCUCCAGAAUCUGGAGAUAAUACCGUUUAGGGUGGCUGCUUAUGACAACAGGGCGAAAAAAAUGGCAUUUUUCGAGCCAGAACGAUCUCAGGACUUCAGUUUCAUAUCAGGAACUAAAAUGCGAGAAUUAGCGAAAUCCGGUGAAAAUCCGCCAGAGGGAUUCAUGUCGCCGCGGGCCUGGCGAGUAAUGGCGGAUUAUUACGAACAGAAAUCGAACAACUGACUACAAACACACAGAUUACACAUGAUUCUUCUGUAAAUGAUCGCUUUUAUAUAUACAUAAGAUACUAGAAUCUUUCAUUCCAAUUUAACCACGACCAUUAAACAACAACGUAUAACA